UUCCAGAGGCUUUGUCACUUGGCAUGGAAGUAUUCGAUACAUCUAACCCGGAAUGCAAGGGCCGGUUUUUGAACGAUAGCGAAACGCUGAACAGUUGUAUGGACUUUGUCAACCAAAGUAUAGCGUUACGAAAAUACCCACUUCUUCAAACCGACAGAUGGCUUGCAAUCGUCUACAUCGUUACCAUGGCUACCGCUCUGCUGGUUGGGACCUGUGGAAAUACUCUCAUUAUUUUAGUCUCUGCCGUAGUGAAGGGAGUUAACAAAUCCGGAAAGGAGUUCAUCGUCAACCUUGCUUUGGCCGACUUUUGCGUCACAGCAAUCGCAGAUCCUCUCUGCAUUAUCGGGGUCGCUAAAGGAGAACAGUUCUUUGACGACAAAAAAUGGCUGUGCGAAUCCGUGGCCAGUCUCUGUUUGACUGCUUGUUUUUGUGCGUUCCUUAGUCUGACUCUAUUGACGCUGUCCCGCUAUAUUUACCUUUGUCAUAACCAUAUCUACGAUAAAAUCUUCACCCGAGUCUCCUGUAUAAUAAUAUGUGUUAUCAGUUGGGUUGUGGCUUUCUUGUUCGAGUUUCCUAAUUUCAUCGGUUGGGGAGGGCAUUACUUUGACCAAAAGAACCAUCAGUGCAUCUGGGAUCGCACCGCUAGUUUGUCCUACACCAUGUUUGUAUCCAUCGGUUUGAUUGGUGGACCGUUAUUGGUCAUGGCGAUUUGCUACUUCCUGAUUUUUCAGGAAAUCUGGAAAACCAAACGUGAUAUUUACAAACUGGAUUCCGAAAACCCCAAUAGAAUGAGAAAAGCUUGGAACGAAACCGUUCGUUCAUCAAAAACCCUCUUUUGCAUUUUCGUCGUUUUUCUUAUUUGCUGGACACCAUACGCCGUAACCGUGACCUUGGAUAUGCAGAAUAACUUCUCCACAGAAAUCCAUCUAUUUAUUACUCUGCUAGCACACUUUCAUUCCAGUGUUAAUUGCAUUAUAUACACUACGGGAAAUAAGAGGUUUCGAAUGGGAAUUCUUCGUUGCUUUGGCUGUACUUCAUCUCAGAAGUCAUUCUGUUCAAAUCCCGAUGUCAUUUCGAAAAAAACCCAUAGUGGAUCGUCCAACACUCCGUCAUUAAACAGUGACUCAUCUUCCCCUCAGAUAACGAAAUCUUCCUCCUUGAGUACCAUAUCUGUCUCUGUGACGUCAAGUCCUCCUUGACGAAAUGAAUAUAACUUGAGUCUGUGUGAAUUUGGUACCACAUACCCGGUAAUUUUUCUCUCUGAACUGAUAUCUUAUACUAUCAAUUGUUUCGAUUUUAUUUCAAUUUGGAAUCCUGUCCGAGUCAUUGUUUUGUUUGUAUUAUGAACUAAAAUCUUAUUGCUUUGCUUGCAAUCUAUAUUGGUAUCCUAUACAAUUUAUUGUUUUAUGUAAAAUAUUGUUAUUUGAAUUAUAUGAUUUGUUGUUAUUAUUAUUGCCAAAGCCGUGUUUUAUAUUGUUGUUA